CCGAGGGGCCGGUGGCGGGGCCGCCACUCCCUCCGGCUCCCUCCCUCAGCUGCGCGCAUCUCAUACCAGCCCUCAUUCCGCACAUUCCAGCCUCCCUCCUUUCAAACUCCAGGCCGGUGGCGGGAGGGUCCGCAGCUCCGGCUCCAGCGCCAGCUGCCUGGUUCCCCAGGUCGGAAUGAGCUGAUUGCCCGCUACAUCAAGCUCCGGACAGGGAAGACCCGCACCAGGAAGCAGGUCUCCAGCCACAUCCAGGUGCUGGCUCGUCGCAAAGCCCGUGAGAUCCAGGCCAAGCUAAAGGACCAGGCAGCUAAGGAAAAGGCCCUGCAGAGCAUGGCUGCCAUGUCAUCCGCCCAGAUCAUCUCCGCCACAGCCUUCCACAGUAAAAUGGCCCUCGCCCGGGGCCCUGGCUGCCCAGCAGUCUCCGGGUUUUGGCAAGGAGCUUUGCCGGGCCAAGCCGGAACAUCCCAUGAUGUGAAACCUUUCUCUCAACAAACCUACACUGUCCAGCCUUCACUGCCUCUACCAGGGUUUGAGUCUGCUUCAGGACCCGCCCCAUCGCCCUCAGCGCCCCCAGCGCCCCCAUGGCAGGGACGCAGUGUGGCCAGCUCCAAGCUCUGGAUGCUGGAAUUCUCCGCCUUCCUGGAGCAGCAACAAGACCCUGAUACGUACAACAAGCACCUGUUCGUACACAUUGGCCAGUCAAGCCCUAGCUACAGUGACCCCUACCUCGAAGCUGUGGACAUCCGCCAGAUCUAUGACAAGUUCCCAGAGAAAAAGGGUGGACUCAAGGAGCUCUUUGAACGGGGACCUUCCAAUGCCUUUUUUCUCGUGAAAUUCUGGGCAGACCUCAACACGAAUAUGGAAGACGAAGGCAGCUCCUUCUACGGGGUCUCCAGCCAAUAUGAGAGUCCCGAGAACAUGAUAAUCACCUGCUCCACCAAGGUCUGCUCAUUCGGCAAGCAGGUGGUGGAGAAAGUAGAGACUGAGUAUGCCCGCUAUGAAAAUGGCCACUAUUCCUACCGCAUCCACCGGUCCCCGCUCUGUGAGUACAUGAUCAACUUCAUCCACAAGCUGAAGCACCUGCCUGAGAAGUACAUGAUGAACAGUGUACUGGAGAACUUCACCAUCCUGCAGGUGGUCACCAACAGAGACACACAGGAGACUUUGCUGUGCAUUGCAUAUGUCUUUGAGGUGUCAGCUAGUGAGCACGGGGCUCAACACCACAUCUACCGGCUGGUGAAAGAAUAAGAGACUUGGGGAGCAGGGCGGGGGAAGAGACAUUGUGUGUGUAGGGACAUGGGGAGGGGACCUGCAGGGGCAGCUGCCUGAAGUGCCAAGAAAACUGACUUUUCCUUCCCAGCAACAAACUGUGCCUGAACCUGCAGCGCCCAACCCCAAAUAAACCCAAGAUGUGUAUUUUCAGA